CAAAACCUAACCCUAGCAGACCAAAUCGGCUGCCGCUCACCUCUCUCUCUCUCUCUCUCGUUCUUCUCUCAACUCUCUCUAACUUUCGCUUCUCUUCUUCACUCACAGAGAAAAGCGAAACCCUAGCCACCAUAUAACACCGCCGCCUUCUCCUUCUUCCUUCUCCCGCGUCCAAAAGCAAAACAACGAAACCCUAAUCCUAUAGAUCGACGUCAGCCGCCCUAACCCUCGCCUCUCUCUCUCGGCUCUUCUCUCUUCUCACUUUCUUUUUCAUAAACGACUGGCAGAGAAAGAGGCCCCACACUCUCCUCUUCCUUCUCUCGUUCUCUCUCUGUAUUUCUGGUAUCGACAAAGAAAACGAGGAAAGGGAUCCCGGGCGACGACAAAGGCGAAGUUAAAGGUUCGUUUUCUUAGUUUGCAUGUUGAUUUGGGGGUUAUUUGCCGGUUUCAUUUUUGUUUUAUGAUUCUGAUCUUGGAUUAUGAUUGGGAUUCUGAUUAUUUUUCUUGAUUUUUCGUUUUAUGCGAGGGGGAUAGGAAGGUCGACAGCAAUUAGGCUUCAGAUUGACAAAAAAAAAAACGAUUUAGGUAAGAUUCUUGCCUUGCAUGCAGGUUUUCUUUUGGUUUUUUUUAUUUUAUUUCAAAAAUCAAAUUCUUAUUAUUUUUUUUUCAUUGUAUUUUGAUUUUUUUUUUGAUUCGACGAGGGGAGAAUAAGGGCAACUUUGGCGGCUAGGGUCUCCGUCGGCAAGCCUUUGCCGGCGGUGGUGUGACGACGGCGACAGGUGAUGUUUUGGUUUCUGUGAUUUUUACUUUUGAUUUAUUAUUCCUUUAACCGAUUCUGACCUCUAUUCUUUUUUUGACACAGGUUUUGAAAAUUGGGCAGAUCUAGGUAAGGAUCAUCCUAAACUGAGUUUAGUAUGACUGGGGAAGUUAAACUAAAAAUAACAAAGUAUUGUGUUGUGGUUCAGAAUUUCUUUACAGAUCUUUGGUUUUCAAUAAAAACUGGUUAUGUAUGAGUUCGUAUGAUUCUGAAAUGGUGUUUUUCGGACUACACUUAGCAUGGUUAGGAGGUAUAAAUUCAGAAAGGGGAUUUGCUUGUUAUUGAGUUUUGAAUCUGGUAGUUUUGAUCCAAAACUUUUUGAUAGAAAAUGAGGCUUUUUGCGUAUGUGCCUCUGAUGACAUACGGUUUUGGAGGCUUGGUUUAAAGCUUAAAAUUUAUGGAUUUGCUUCUACCUAAACUAAGUAGUAAAAAAUGGAUCUUGGUGUAAUGAAAUAGAGAUGGGUACUUUUAACGUCUAUGAAUCGUCGCCACUGUUUGCGAUUCUGCGAAAUUGGUAUGGGUUUUAAACUCUGAAAUUUAUUGUGCUUGAAUGAUUUUCUUGGAUCGUGGAUUCAGGUUCAUCCAUGAACUUCUAAAAGUGGUUUUUGCUUCUAAAAAAAAUAUAUAUAUUCUAUCUAGUUGUACUUUAACUUGCCCAUGUAUGACUAUGAAUGAGGGAAUCUAAGUAUGGCAGAAAAUUAACUCAAAACAUCCACCUCUACUCAUAGUUAAGUCAAUCAGCAUAGUAGUAAUAGCAUAGACGAAGCUAAUAAUACGAGAGGAAAAUGAAACUUUAAUGGUAGAGCUUAAUGAAGCUUAUACGAGCAGAUCUUGGUAAAUGGAGUGCUUGAAUGUAAAGAAGCUUUAAAGUAAAACGCUAGAUUGACGAUUUUGACAUUAAGGUGGUUGACUAUAAACUUGACAAAAUGAAAUGAGAUCUUAUUAAGAAGGUAUCUGGGUAUAAACACCAACCUGGUUGAAGCUUCUGGCCUAAAUAUGAGCUCCUUUUGCUUCUCUUCAAAUAUCUGGACUGAACUACCAAAGAAGGAUCGAAAAUGAAAACCGGAUGCUAGUGUUUUUAUUGAAUAUUUGUCUGUUUCUCUUUGUUGGAAUCGUCCCCCUCAACGAAGAGCUCAAGGAGCUCAUUUAAAGCAAAACGAACUGUAACAUGUCUUCUCUUCAUUGGCCAAUUGUGAGGCAAAUUGUGAGACUUCCACACAGUGGUCGGUUCUGCCUGGUCAGGAUAGGGUUGACACGCAAUUCAGUGCUGGUUAGGCCGAUGGAUAAGGUUGGGCCGAGUCAGGUUUGCAGACUUGUGGGCUUGUCUGGAAUCACCUGGGUUCAAAACGGGUCGAGUUGGGCUGGAUGUUUGUUGGGCCGAGCUCUAGGCUUGAACUGGUUUCAAUUUGGUUCUUUUUGCAGGUCUGUGGCUGGUUUGAGCGCCAAGGGGAUGGGCUUCAAGCCUAGUUUGGGUUUUCAUUUGGUUGGAUUUGUAUUUCGUUUUAUUUUUGCAUAUCUUAAUAAUUGUAUUUAAGAGCUCAUGGGAUAUUAAUCACGGUCAUCUAGAUGUAAUCCUUUAUGAUGUAUAAUUGACAAACAAAACAUCUAUUUCCUUUAUUCAAUUGAGUUCGUCUCUUAUGUCCUAUCCAAAUCCAAACGCAAACCUUGAGUAGUCUUUUACUCGGUAGACCAACAAACCAUAAGAUUAAAGUUACCAUUACUUUCAUCCAAUUGAGUCAAUCUCAAAACUAGACAUGGGUAGCUUUGGUCAUCGAAGUUUUAGAUUUGCCACUACAAAUCUUAAAUAAUUUAUCUAGAAUUGU